UUCUCCAACCGGAAGGGCGGUUGCCCCGCGCGAAGGCGACCCCUGCCGCCGGAAGUAUUUGCCGAGGGCCGGAAGUGGGUGGGGGAAGUGGCGGAAACCGCGUGGAAUGGAGCUGGGACGGUGUCUGUGCGCUGAGUGUUCAGUCUUUGAGAUGCCUUCGGUCUCCUGUUUUAUUCUGCUAGACAGAUGAAGAGGGCUACCCAUCUGACACCGCUGUCUCAGCAUCUGUAGAUGGGCUUCCCUGUCUGAAAGACAUUGGUGACCUACUUGGCGGUCGCUUGGUAUCAGAAUGCAGAUAGCGAAUGGAGGAGAUCCUCAUCGUCGAGAGGUGGUUUGCUUUGCAGUGCUUUGCAGAGCCGGAACGUUGGUGCUCCAGGCUCUUUUCAACCUCCUGAUCCCAGAUCAUGCUGCAGAUGCCUUCUCUCCGCCCCUUUUGUCUGAAUCGGGGCUCUGCGACAGGGUUGUGGAAUUGCUGCUGGGCGGCCUGUCGCACUGGGACGCGGAGCACUUCCUUUUCAUAGCUGAACAUGGCUAUGUGUAUGAGCACAACUGCGCCUUCUUCCCUCUGUUUCCCUUGAGUCUACGCGCGGCGGCAAGAAUGGUGCUGUGGCCUCUCCAGGGUUUUCUGUGCUUCCGAAGCCGGCUGCUCCUUUCUGCAGCUCUGCUAAAUGCCGUUUUCUCUGUCCUGGCCUCGUGGGUCCUGUAUGAGCUGGGCUGUGUUGUCCUGCGGUGCCGCAGGCAGGCCUUCCUGUCAGCCAUCCUCUUCUGCGUCACUCCUGCCAAUGUUUUUAUGGCAGCUGCUUACUCAGAGAGCAUGUUUGCCCUCCUGGCAUUCGGUGCCAUGUGGCAGCUAGAGAAAGGGCGCUCGUGGACAAGCACCGUCCUGUUUUCGCUAGCCAGUAGUGUGCGUUCCAAUGGCAUGACCAAUGCUGGGUUCCUCAUUUAUGCCCAGACAAAAUACUUUGCCUCUCAGCUCCAAACGAGGACCGGAGUUGCACUGUUGCUCAUCUUAGGUCAGCUUCCAACCUUAGCAGUGUCUGUGGCCUUGAUGUGUGCUUCCGUUAUCCUACCCUUUGCUUUGUUUCAGCUCUAUGCCUACUUCUGGUUCUGCAGCGACAACGUUGGCUCUGAAUACGUCGUGCCAAGGCCACUGUUGCAGCUAGCCGUGGACAUGGGAUAUCACUUGGCCUUUUUAAAUGGUGCGAAACCAUCGUGGUGCUCUUGGGAUUAUCCUAUGGUCUAUACCUACAUUCAGGAUGCCUAUUGGAAUGUGGGCUUUCUCCGGUAUUAUGAGGCCAAACAGAUUCCCAAUUUCCUGCUAGCUGCCCCAACUAUCAUGCUGGGCUCUUGGGCGGCCUGUCGCUACGUUGCUUCAAAUCCCUGGCACUGCCUAACUCUUGGCCUGGCAAGGAGAGAGACUGGAAGAGCGGCGGCAGACUUCUCUGCAAAGCCCACUGCUGGAUUUUGCUCUCCUGACGUAUUUGUUUACAUCGUCCAUUCAACCGCUCUGUUGCUGUUUGGGACUUUUUGCAUGCACGUGCAGGUUCUUACCAGAUUUUUGGGUUCAUCUUCUCCAGUCCUUUAUUGGUUCACUGCCUAUCUUCUUUAUACCUAUGAACCUUUGUUACAGAACAGGGACCCAUCGACAUCACAUGCUGCACCUCACUUAGAUGAGGCCUCCUUGGGAAGCCCUUUUCCUGCUUGGAACACAAAUGAAAACCCUGUGCUAAGACUACUGAAGAACUGGAGACAGAGCACUGUUCUCACCAAGUGGAUUUUGGGAUAUGCUCUUUCCUAUUGGUUGCUGGGGCUGGCUCUUCACUGUAACUUCUUUCCUUGGACAUGAGCACUUGACUUGCCAGCUGGUUUCCUUCUGGGAACCAAAUGGCUGGCCACAGUGUAUAUCUUUCAGCAUGGCACUCUUCUGGAGCUGAGGGAUGUCUUUUAGGAAGUGUUGAUCUUUCAUGUUGCAUUAAAACAAGUCCACAGUG